AUGCCCGCCUCCAUCUCCCAGGCCCUCUGGGAUGCCCGCAUACCCCUCCACAUCACCCAUCCAGCCGCGCCCAACACGCCGUUCAUCACCAGCAUCCCGCGCUUCUCCUACCUCGCGCUGCUGCUGCCGCGCCUCUCCGCCUUCUUCGACACGCCCUGCUCCAGCUUCCACUUUGAGCACGUCCUUCUGCGGAACCUCGCCGCCGGCCUGCUCGUCGACCUCUACCGCCCGGCGCUGCCCUGGCGGCUCGUCGUCAACGACGGCGUGAGCUGGGACAUUUCCGACACCUUUCUCAACGCAGCCAAAGAGGCGGACUUUAUCCGCAACGGCAACGCGAACCAGAUCAUGAAAAUGUCCAAGAGCGACACCACCCAGCUCUGGCACGCCGUCAUCGACAACGACUACGCCGCCUUCUCCCGCAUCAACAACCGUCUGCUCAACACGCCCACCGCGCUCAAGCAUGUCCCCAUUCGCAUCUACCUGCCCCUGGCGCCGGCAAGCGGCGGAGAUCCGACCGCGGCGGAGGCGCCGCACGGCGGGGACGCCUCGUCCGCGGGUACCUUCAAGAUCAUCCAGUCACUCGUACAGCCGCUCGGCGCUGACCGCAGACCGAGGCUUCUGGGCCAGGCGCUCAAGGAGACGAUGCCGAAGCUGUUCCCGAGCAGCAGGGAUCCGGUCAUGGCAAACCUUCUCCUUCACGGCGUCGCGGUGCCGUUCAACGCCCCGCUGCCCGAGCUCAUGAAAGAAGCCGCCUAUCCUGACGGUUGGCUAAGUUUUGUCGUUGUUGUCUUGUGA